GCCUAGUGUAGAAGGAGGUGUCGCGAGAGGUGGCCUCACGCCACCGGUUGGGGGCUGUAACUAUGGCGAGCCUGGAAACUGAGGCUGAGCAGGAACCGCUCUUAGGCAGCCGUACAUCCGGAAGCAGAGAAUGGAAUGUUAUAGAAACCGAAGAGCAUUAUAAGAGCCGAUGGAGAUCUAUAAGGAUUCUGUAUCUUACUAUGUUUCUCAGCAGUGUAGGGUUUUCUAUCGUGAUAAUGUCCAUAUGGCCAUAUCUGCAAAAGAUUGAUCCGACAGCCGAUGCAAGUUUUCUGGGCUGGGUUAUUGCUUCAUUUAGUAUUGGCCAAAUGGUAGCUUCACCUAUGUUUGGUUUAUGGUCUAAUUAUAGACCAAGAAAAGAACCUCUUUUUGUCUCCAUCUUCAUUUCGGUGGCAGCCAACUGCCUCUAUGCGUAUGUCCACGUCCCAGCUUCUCAUAAUAAGUACUACAUGUUGGUUGCUCGUGGCCUGGUGGGAUUUGGAGCAGGAAAUGUGGCAGUUGUUAGAUCGUAUAUUGCUGGUGCUACUUCUCUUCAGGAAAGAACAAGUGCCAUGGCAAACACAAGUGCAUGUCAAGCAUUAGGUUUUAUUCUUGGUCCAGUUUUUCAGACUUGUUUUGCACUCAUUGGUGAAAAAGGCGUGACAUGGGAUGCCGUUGAUCUGCAGAUAAACAUGUACACAGCACCAGUUUUACUUGGUGCCUGCCUGGGGGUUUUAAAUAUUAUUCUGAUCCUUACUAUAUUAAGAGAACAUCGUGUGGAUGACUCAGGACGACAAUGUAAAAGCAUUAAUUUUGAAGAAGCAAAUACAGAUGAAGUUCAGAUCCCCCAAGGAAAUAUUGAUCAAGUUGCUGUUGUGGCCACUAAUAUUUUAUUUUUUGUGGUUCUAUUUAUCUUUGCGCUUUUUGAAACCAUCGUUACUCCAUUAACAAUGGAUAUGUAUGCCUGGACUAGAGAACAAGCUGUUUUAUAUGGUGGAAUAAUACUUGCAGCUCUUGGAAUUGAGGCAGUUCUUAUUUUCAUGGGGGUUAAAUUACUUUCCAAAAAGAUUGGCGAGCGUGCUGUUCUGCUGGGAGGACUCACCAUUGUAUGGGUUGGCUUCUUUAUCUUGUUGCCCUGGGGAAAUCAGUUUCCCAAAAUACAGUGGGAAGAUUUACAUAAUAAUUCAAUCCCUAGUGCUACAUUUGGGGAAAUUAUUAUUAAUUUCUGGAAGUCUUCAAGAGAAGAUCACUAUGAAGAACCAACUGGCUGCCCAGUUGAACAAGCCUGGUGCCUCUACACCCCUGUGAUCCAUCUGGCCCAGUUCCUCACAUCAGCUCUCCUAGUUGGAAUAGGUUAUCCAGCCUGCAAUGUUAUGUCCUAUACAUUAUAUUCAAAAAUUCUGGGACCAAAACCUCAGGGUGUGUACAUGGGCUGGUUAACAGCUUCUGGAAGCGGAGCUCGGAUUCUCGGACCUGUGUUCAUCAGCCAAGUGUAUACCUACUGGGGACCACGAUGGGCAUUCAGCCUUGUGUGUGGGAUAGUGAUACUCACCAUCACUCUCCUGGGAGCAGUUUACAAAAGACUCAUUGCUUUUUCUGUAAGACAUGGGAGGAUUCAAGAGUCAGCUAGCUAAGACUGCAAUGGAAAGUACUUGUUGCUUGGAACUUCCUAGUCUAAGGCUCUGCUAGAAAAUUGCUAUGAGCCAGUCUCCAAAAGCCAGGCUAUGGAUAUUGAAUAUUUUGAAUAACAAGAACAGGUAUUGAAUAACAGGGAAUCUUACGAUUCUACAUGUAAUUGUGAAGAGUAAGAUAAUAUGAAAACAUUCUGUAUCAUAAUUUC